CAAGGUAGGAUCAGUUAAUUAUCGCAAGCGAAAGCUGCUACUUGGUUGAUGAUAAAAAGUGCUUUUGAAAAACGUUAAAGAUAUACAUAUAUUGAAUUCAAGGGGUUCAAAUAUUUCAACCAAUACGGGUUCAGAGCAAAGUAGAAGUUCUUCAAUCAAUAUGUAAUAGUAUAAGCAGUGUAUGAGCUUAUAGAUAUCGACAACAUAUAUAGCCCCAACAAUGACUGACAAUAGCCUAUUGGGACGAUCCCUAUUUAAUGAAAGGCGAUGCAGCAAACGUUCGUUAGUCUUACUGAUUGUCGGUCUGGUCGCUGGCUUCUGUCUGGCCGAGCUGUUUGUCUACUCAUCCAUUCCGAAACGUUGCGAUGUCAACGGCGACCAUUCCAAUCAACACAUGCAGAAUUUUUCUCGUCCCAAACAGGAUAUCGACUCGCCCGAACAUUCAAAUGACGAAACAAGCCUUGCCGAAAAGUUGCAUAGCGAAAUACGUGUUCUUUGCUGGAUUCUGACAAAUCCCUCCAAUCAUAAGGCAAAGGCGAUCCAUGUAAAACGCACCUGGGGCAAGCGAUGUAACAAGCUGAUCUUCAUGAGCUCAGCCAAGGAUGAGGAAUUGGAUUCUGUGGCCCUGCCCGUAGGCGAGGGACGCGACACCCUGUGGGGCAAAACGAAAGAGGCCUACAAAUAUAUCUACGAGCACCAUAUCAACGAUGCGGACUGGUUCCUUAAGGCUGACGACGAUACCUAUAUCAUUGUAGAGAACUUGCGCUAUAUGCUAUAUCCCUAUAACCCUGACACGCCUGUUUAUUUUGGCGCAAGAUUUAAGGCAUACGUCAAGCAGGGCUAUAUGUCUGGUGGAGCUGGAUAUGUGCUCAGUCGCGAGGCAGUGCGUCGCUUUGUGGUGGAAGCGCUGCCCAAUCCCAAGGUAUGCAAACAGGAUAACACCGGUGCUGAGGAUGUUGAGAUAGGCAAAUGCUUGGAGAAUGUUAAAGUGCUGGCAGGCGAUUCUCGUGAUGCCAAUGGACGUGGACGCUUCUUUCCCUUUAUACCGGAACAUCAUUUGCGAGCCGUUGUUAACAAAAAUUUCUGGUACUGGCAGAUGAUCUACUAUGACACAGAUGAGGGUCUGGAUGGUUGCUCCAAUUAUACUAUAUCAUUUCAUUAUAUCGACCCCAAUCAAAUGUAUGUGCUGGACUAUUUAAUAUAUCAGCUACGACCAUAUGGCAUAAUCCAUAAGCCCGAUGCAUUGCCCAAGAAAUUGGCAUUGGGCGAACUGAUGCCAGCCCCACAAGUUCCAGUGGAGUCCCAAGUAUCAGCAGAGUCCAAGGAUUCGAAUACAACCGAAACAGUAACGAAAGCGAAAUGAUUUUAGAUGUUUUGUCAUGUCAAGAGAUCUUGUGCGAAUAUAUCUGGAUCAGACUCAGUGUAGGAUAAUUUGCCAUUUUUAUAUGGGCUCCUGUAUUCGUUAGGCUCACUUUAUGAACCAGUGCUCUAGGUUGCUUAAAUGCAAAAAUAAAUAAUACGAAAUGACGAGA